GGUAGUUGGCUGGCACAGACUGGCCAAGUGCUAUGCAGAGGAGGGGUCGAUGGCCUGUGUGUAUCUUGCGGCUUUUGUAAAAGUUUUGGGGCGGGCGUUGAAGUGCAACGAGGCUUGGAAGCUGGUAACAAUGAGCUACCUUCCCCGCCAUUUGUACCCCUAGGGUCCUGCUGGCAAAGUGAGACUCUGUCUCUUUUUUUUUCCUGCUGGGAAAACUUUCCUGCCAUUUUUACACCGGUCGUUUCUCGUCUUCUGCACACUGCAUUGGUGAUGACGUGGAGGCUCCAACCCCCCGAUCCCAAAGGACCGAUGACUUUGCGAUGUGCGAGCAGCAUCCUGGCACGUACACACACGCAUGGCUGUUGAGGGCAAACGUGCGUCUGUAAGGAUGGAUGACGUGGCAGCCCUACAGUCGCAGCAGCAGAGUGGCAACGCCACCGCCGUUGUGGAGUCUUCUCUUGCCUCGUUGCUACGUGGCGUGCGGAGAGCGCUUGAGGAGGUCGAUGACGUGGCGGUCGUGGUCAACAUCCUGACCCAGAUCGCUGCACUGCUGCUUCCUCCUGAGUCUGCCACCACCGGCUAUGGUGGUCGGACGCCAUCAUCUUCUGACAGAGGAAAGCCACUGCCGUCACCGGUCGCAGCAUUUGAUGAGGAUGGAGGGAAAGCAAGUGUGAAGCAGCAGUGUCCUGCUGUCUGUGCAGUCGAUCAGCAUGUGAAGAAUUGUGUUUCUGCUGCCAAGUCUGCUGUGUUGCCCAAGGAUGGAGCAGAGGAGAAUCAUUUGGCGCUUAUUAGGCAUGUGUUUUACAGAGGGAACUGCUUCUUCGCUUUUGCACAAUUGCUGCUGUAUGAAGUGGCUCCAGACUGGUUAGCUUGCUUUACGAGUGCCCAGCAGUUGGCGCUCUUCGACGCGUUCUUUCUUGCUGCACCGGCACUGGUGGUUCUGCGAGCAUUGGCACCUGAGAUAUCAUCAUUGGCAUCGCUGAGGGUCAGGUCAGCACGCCAAUACCCUGAUGAUGGAGAAGAGGAGGAAACCAACGCAGCGCAGCGGGCAGCCGAGAGACUGAUCAUCUUGCGCUUGUUAGGGAUGACAGCGGAGAGAGAAAGGCGGCAGGUCAGCGGUGGUGGAAAGGAGGGGAUCAAAGAGAUCGGACUGGAGCUCGGAGAACUCGCAGGCGCGGAAUCGAGAAAGCCGAACAAGGUAGAAAGGGUUGCAACAGACAGGGGCCAAGGCAGUAAGGGGGGGGGGAAGGAGGAGUUUGUGAGGGAGAUGGCUUUGCUGGUAGUUUCUUUACCUGACAGAGCCUUCACCAAGGCUGCACAGCAAUUGACUACCCCAUCCUUCUUCCGAUCGGUCCUGCAGCAGCUCAUCGCAGCAGGCAAUGAGUGCGAAGAGUCAACUUCGUCUGGCACAGAGAUCAUCAGUGUGGGUGCUCCAUCAAGCCAGCAGAUGAUGGGGAUGGACAAGGAGGAGGAGGAGAAGGAGGAGAAGGAGGAGGAGGAGGGGGCAACUUGUGAGGGAACUUCAUUUUCGGCAGAGGGGGAACAACCGAAAGGGAAUGCGGAAAGCGCAGAGACGAAUGACGCCAUCAUUGGACUAAGCGGAGAGGGGACCUAUCUUUUCAUUGCGGAGGUGAUCACCAGAAUGUGUCGGCGCGGUCAUGCGGAUCUGCUGGCGGCGGAGAUGGUGCGGACAUUGAUGGAAGGCGGUGGCAUGAGUCGGCAGAAAAAGGGGACGCUUCCAACGGCCAAUGCACAUUGUGGGGGGAGGGCUGGGGAAAGAGAGGGAGAGGGAGACCGCAAAAGGAGAGGAGGGAGCUGGUGGGCCAAUGUGUCGGCGCAGAUGGUGGAUUUCCACGCCUCUGAGAGAUGGCUAGAGUCCUUGAUGCGAUACAUGGCGAAGAUUGGAGUCUCUGAUCUCGAUGCGGUGGCCUGUUUGGACACAGUUUUGGGCAAAUCGGUUCUUACCAAUCCAAUCAUCAGAUCCUUGUUCGCAGAGCGGUUCCUUCUGCAACGGCCGCUUCCAUUGGCUUGCCUUCGCUGGAUUCUGGCUCUUGGGGUGAUGAGGUCGUCGCCAUCCUUGACGACUGGAGUGGGGGGAAGGCAGGGGCCCUCAACUGAGAAAAGCGCCAACAGCGGUGAUGUGGAGAAGGAGGAGAAGGAGGGAAGCGGUACUUAUACUAAAGAGCAGCAGCUGCUGAGACAAACGCUUGGAAGACUCGCAGCAGUAUGGGGCAACUCGCAGUUUGUACAGAAUACAGAAGUCAGGCUUCAAGGCUAUAUCAGCUCAGCCCUGGCAAUGUGCCUGGGCCAUGUCAGCCGCAGGAUGAUUGACGAUAUUCCAAAUCUGAUGCCGUCCAUUUUGCAAGGGGUCUCGGCACGAUUGGAUAGCCCUCUGAUGCCCAUCCGACGGACGGGAAUGCGUGUGGCGGAGGCAUUCUCACGGUCUUUUGAUCCUGGAAAUGUGCUUAUUUUCGAGGAAGAGGGAGAGAGCGGGGCAGGGGAUGCAUUUCUGUGGGAGGAGGGAUGGUGGGGGGAUCCCGGGCGUGUGAAAAGAGAGCYCCUGGGAGAGGAGCAAGGGUCAUUAAUGGAUGAUGAUAUGGCAGGAGGGAAAGGACGUGUGGCGGCGGCAGCUGUGAGGCUCGGAAAGCAGGAACGGGGAGAGRGAGCGGACAGAGAAAGCGGGGAAGAAWCAGUGGAGAGGAUGGACAAAGGAGGGCAGGAGGGUGAAUCGCAGCWGUUCAGAGGAGGAGGAKAUCCGGGCAAGGAAAGGGAAGGGGGUGUUGAAACCAUGGCGAAGAAGAGGYUAAGAAGCAGAAGAAGGGAGCGGCGAGAGAAGCUGGCUAUGGAGGAAGAUGACCCUGAUGCUGUGAUCAAUGUGACAAAAGGAGGAGGGAAGCAAAGGGGUUUUGUUAGCGAUGACGAGGACGAGGACAAGGCUGGUGCUAGCGACCCUGAGGACUCGAUCUCCGAUAGCCAGGACAGCGAAGAAGACUCAUUGGAGCCUUAUGACCUUUCCGAUGAUGAGGAGGAUUUGGAGAGGGAGAAGGUCCCGGGACAGCUACGCCUCUGCAUGUUAGCAUUCAACAAGACCGAUGACCCUGAUGCAGUUACUCGCGCCCUCGAUGUGGUAGAAGGCCUAAUUAGGGCAAUGCCGGAUGAACUUGAUGACUACGGUGCACAGCUGACGAGCAAGCUUCUACGAGUGAGUCCGAAUGACAUAACUGUGGCAGGAGCAGAAGCUGGAGCUGCGGAAAAGCGCCACAGGGCCCUCGUGGCCUUGCUCACCUGUUCCACCCUUCCCUCUCUCAAAGUUCUUUUGAAGGAGGUAUACUCCCCCCACAUGGACAGCAGCCAUCGGCUGGUGAUCCUCGACGCCAUGGCGGAUGCUGCUCUCGAGCUGUCGUCGCUGGAGACCUCCCAGUCAUUCUCUGAGCAGAGGUCUCUGGUGCGGGAGCUCACGCCUGCUGAGGGAUCUUCAAAAAGUCCGUGGUGGGGACCACCACCUGUGGGCAGUAUCCCUGAACCUACUACCGGUGCUGGACCUUGGGUUGAGGCUCGCCAGUCCCAUGGUCUGCUGUCUCUGCCUCGGUAUGAGCGGGAGCUGCCACUGUUGCCUGGCACAAGGGAGGCAGGCACUUCGAGACGCUGGGGCCACACGUCACUGCGCCUAAGAAGGCAGGCGCACUUGGGUGGUAAAAUGCCAGGAACCAGCACGAGGAUGAACCGGUUUGCGCCUUACGCGGCAACCUUCAUGCUACCCUUAAUGAGAGAUUACGACAAGGUCGAUGGCACCCUCCGUCUGGUGUCCCGUGAUUUUUUCGUCUUUGGUAGACUCUUGCAAGUGUUAGGACUUUUCGUCACCUGCUCCGCUCCAUCGGUUGAGACCCUCCCUCUUGCUACGGUGCUUUUGGAGCUGCUGCAAACUGGAGGGGUUGGCCGGCACAAGGAGGCGUACGUACGGCAGUCGGCACUGGAGGCAGCAGCAUGCGUCAUGGUCGCCCUGUCGCCAGCAAACAUUGUGGCGGCUCUAGGAGACGGUGGAGGAGUGCUUGUGGGGCUUCUGGCUUGGGUCCACAACUGGGCAAAGGCGCUAUCUGAAAAUGACAGCGACGAAAAUUGCGUCCUUCUGGCAGAAAGAAUGCUCUUGUCACCGACCACAGAUCGGUCCAUUAACGCUGCGUUGUUUGGAAAGAAGACGAAGACGAAGGCGAAGACGAAGACAAAGAUGGAGACGGAGACGAAGACGAAGAAGAAGGCGACGACGACGAAGAAGAAGAAGAAGAAGAAGAAGAAGAAGAAGAAGAAGAAGAAGAAGAAGAAGGAGGAGGGACACUGAGCCCGGUUCUCAGCAUAGGUAGAACAAACCAGCAGGUAGCAC